ACCAUAACCAUCCCAACCAAAUCCACGCACCACCUAUUCCUUGGUUUCCUUUACCUUUCAAAUCUGCAGCAUUUCCUUUCUGUUUUCUCUUCUCUGUAUUCAGGUUAAGAUAAAAAAAAACCCCAUCGGUGCUUUGGGAUUUUCGGGUUUUGUUGCUUUCCAUCGCCUUUCCAAAGAACCAUAUAGGCUAAUAGAGUUAAUUUCUAAGGGAGCAUGUUUUUGUACUCCUUUUUUCCCCAUUUCCAAGUGGAGUUUUGGAAGAUAGUAGACUAAUAUCUUGGUGAAUUUCAGCUUGGACGGUAUUAACACAUUGGACCAAUUUUCUGCUUUGAGAUGGCUGGACUAUUUGCUUAUGGCAGCCUUGCACCAAAGACUAAGAAUAUGGUAGUCGCGGGGGGUUUGACAGCAUUUGUAUUUGGUGUAUAUUUCUAUACUAUGAGAGCUGUUGGAGGUACAGAUGAGCUUCAGGUGGCUAUAGAUAAGUUCGAGGAGCUGAAAAAGCAAGAGGGGAAGUGAAGCAUGGGAUCAAAGCCUUGAUCUCAUUAGCCUUUUUUGUGACAAUGCAGUCAAGAACUAGGUAAAGGUCAUUUAUAUGACAGACAAAAUAAUGUGUUUAAAAUCUGUGUUUUGAAAACUAUUUGUCUUUGUUUGUUAUACAUUAUAUUGUAGUUGAUAAUAAUAAAAACUUAUUACUAGUUUUCC